AUGAGGGCACAAAGUGAGACGAUCAAAUCAUCAACUCCUCUUAGGAGAAUCCCCAAGAAUAGAGGAACGGUUGUGCGUAAUGUCAGCGAAAUAAAUCCACUGUCGGAACAGGAGCUGAAAAAUGUCAUACAUGUAUACGCGGAAGCGAAUAAAGCUUAUUACCUAAAUUGUGCAAAGAAUGAAAGAAACUCCAAGAAGAAGAAAAAAAAAAACAACGUUUCCAAAAAGACGGAAAGUGAAGAAUUUGAUACACAUACCCUGAACCCCUUGAACUACCGAAAUGAAAAAUUUGAAGAGAAUGGGGCUCUUUUACAUUUGCCAGGAUCGAAUGUUACUCCGAAUUAUAUGUCCCAAAAUCCAAGUGCAGACUAUGGAGUGUCUUCCCUGGCAUAUGGGACACUUCACAAAUCGAAUCCGUUAUCAUGGGGAUGCGAUUACAAGAAGCAUUACGAACUUCCAACUAUUUGUUCAAUUGUAAAGUCGAAGCAUCCCAUUUAUUCAAGGCCUCAAAAUGCGAACAACGGAAGAAAGAACAGCAACAUUAGUCUUCAAAAUAAAAGUAAGAAGAAAAGUGGCAUCAAAUUGCUUGCAGAAAGUUGCCAAAAUGAUAAGUCCUUUACGGUUAAAAAGGUACCCACGUUUGGAAACGGCAAAGAAGACGAAAUUGAAAAACUCCACCAGGAUAACCAUAAAAGUAGCGCACAUGCAUUUGAGAAAAACACCGUCGUAGACACUACUAUGAAGGAUAGCAGCUAUUCAGACAAAUCGAAAGAUAUUUCUGACGGCACCUUUAAUUAUCACGGCUUUUCUGACGACUCGGAAGGAAGUAGCGUAAACAAUUCUAACAUAGGAGGAUUAAAAAAGGUGCUGGAAGCGUGCGAACAUAACUGUAAUUUUACCCUCAAAAGGCAGGACUACAACGAGGAAAGGAGAAACGGAGAGCACAUUAUUCAACACAAGAAGAGAAGCAAGAGUCAACAUAACGAAUUAAAUUUUGUAAACCCUAGAAAAACGAACGGGAUGCUAAAUAUACCCUCAAAUAAUUCUGUAGACAUAAUUUUAUCGAACUCGACCAUAAUGGAAAUGAGAACUUCAGACACAGAGUCAAAGGGUGCUUACUGCUCGAGUGAAAAACACAGCGGAGAUUCUUCUGACUGUCUGAACGAUUCGCACGAUUAUUCAACUCCGCAUAUGGGAAUGAGGAGGGCGCACAACUACAAGGAUCGAGAAAAACGCAAACAUAAACUGGCGGCCCAUUCAAGCACUAAAGGUCUCAAAACUAAUGGCAAGCCAACUAAGCCUAGCGCAUUAUCGGAAUGUAAAGAAAGCUAUUAUGAGCCUUAUUCGAACGUGACAGAAAGGAGCACAAAAAAGGGAAAGGUUUUAAUCAGAUGCAAGGUGCCUAAACCCGGGGAAAAACACAACCCAAACGGUUGCGCACAUGUAAUGUGCGAAAACAAGAACAACCAAAAAUUGAAGCAAAGUGGGAAAUAUAGAAAUAACGACUCUUCCAAGAAUGGUUUGGACCAAGAACACAAUUUGCUUGAUGAAAAUUGCUGCAGUAGGGGAAAAAAAAAAGGCAAGACAAGAGGAUUGAGACAUGGCAAACGUGUGAGUAAGUACAACCUACAGAGUAGUAGCCAUGUAAAGAACAAAAAGCCUCUAAACAUGAGAGCGAUCCAGCCUUUAGGAUGUCAAAAUGGUGCGUCUGUAGGCACUCACAAUAUUGUUGCAUCUAAGCCUACUAUUAGGGAGACCUCAAACGUAGAAGGAUGCAGUUACGUCAAUGUGAAGAACACACCUAAUGAGAAGUUUUAUGCAAGAAAAGAGAUUGACAAUCUGGUGAGUGGAAGCAUUCCCAAGGGGUUAACUCUAACAAAUCGCGAAAAGGAAGCACAUCCUGAGGGAGGACCAGUUUACGCAUAUGCCUUAGGAGCUGAUACAAUGCCAAGGACACCACUAGUCACUUAUAACAUGUGCGAGAAUGUACCACAGGCAGGAAUGAAAAAUCUAUCUCAAAAUGUUUUUGCUGAAGUGCGACCUGAGUUAGCUAAUGUUAAUUUGUGUGUACCUGAAUAUACGGCAAGGAGGUAUCCGUCGGCAUCGCUUUUGCCAAACUUUGCAGCCCAUUCAGUUCCAGAGGGGAAUACGCCAAUGCCGAAGAGCCAUUUGCCUCGUGCGCAUGCACAGGUGAUUCACGUACCCCUAGAUCUGUCUCAAGGAAGAUUGCACUUACAACGGGCAGCACCACAGAUGCAAAGGGUAGCAGCUGAGGUGCAUGGAUCAGGGGUUCAGACGCAGGUUCCCAUUUUGCAAACGCAUGUACCCAUUACGGCGGCGCUAGCGCCAUACGGACAAGCCGAUUUUGCACUGAAAAGUGACUCCCUGCCUCAGGCAAACACUCCACAGAAUCAAGCGAAGAUGCAGCAAAUGCCAUUUAUAGAAAAACCGAUUGUUCUUGAACAAAUUCCACUGGCGAAUGUAAUUUCAAGUGGAAAUAUCAGAGCCGCUGACAAGAUUUGCAGCCUUACAGAGUUAACAAACCAGUUAGUAUCGGUUAAGGGGGAAAACAGGGGAGAGUACACUACUGCUAAUGCCCUGUCCAAACCGUUUGAUCGGAGCUGCAAUAGGUCCCACACCAUAGUAGGUAAAAACUCGGGCGAUUUGUCAAAGAAAGGCUGCGCAGAAGAAGACGUUUUCACAAAUUCGCUAAUAAAGGGAAAUGGCAAUAUAGACGCUACAUACACGAUUAAUACCAGUUCAAACAAAUGCAAAGAUCAAUUUAAAGGCUCUGAUGCCAAGGUGACAUUUUCAAAACGAGACAGUGGAAUGCCUUCAUGGGUAAAAGCGUGUAUAGAUACUCAAAAUACAAGUCUGAAAGGUGAAGAUGCAAAUGUAGGCUAUCUAAAUGUAUACACAAAUAAGAUAAAUGAAAAGACAAACACUAAUGUUAACAGCUCGGUAGGAAUUCUUCAGUGUCUUUCAAAUAUACAAUCACCUACCAAUGAUGUGUACCAGCAACCUCAUACUGCUCAACAUGUGGCACAUAAAAAAAGUGUCAAUCCGGAGGAUAUGUCUGAGUUAAUUAAAACUUCAAAUGAGAAAUUUAUAAGUAUGCAAAAGAAACAAUUGUUAGACAUUUUACAGGAAAAGGGAGAUGAUGGAUUGAGGAAGACCAUUCACACAGUGGACAGUAGCCACCACACCAAUGGAGACUUAAAUGUUCAAUCCAUAAAUCAGGUAGGUGGAGAAAAAUAUCAGAACAUGUUAGGUAGUACGGUCCAGUACUUCUCCUACGCAAAUGCUGUAGAAACUCCGAAAAACUCUGCAGGUGAAAUGGAAGGGCAAAGCAUGAAAAGCGCUGAACGUGUUGGAAAUGAUAUGGGGGAGGGGAACGGAAGAGAAUUUGAAGUCAAAAAAUCGGAGGGAAAUCAUUUACUCCUUAAAGAAGGUGUAAAAGUAGAUUUGCACAACUCUAACGAUGCGCGCUUGUCCCGUGGCAGUUCCACGAAUGAUCCUUUGAACAUUGGCUUCACGAAGGAGAAGUUGAAUCUGCUCUUUUAUGCAGACGCGGAAAGGAAUUCACUCGAGAAUGUUGAUAGGGAGGAUGGCAAUACAACAUCCACUAGCAGUGAGCAGGAAAAUUGUCCGCAAAGUGAUCACAAUAACGAACCAGGAGCACAGUGCGCAGACUCAAAUGGCAAUGCAGUCAGCGCGGACAAUGCUGAGGGGGACGAUGGAAAGUUUAUUCAUGUAGGAAUAGGCGCGAGGUUCAGAGAGGAAGACCACGUCAGUGAUCAUUGUGCGAAUGACGGUAUUUGUCGCAAAACGCGGUGGCCCCGCACCAUCAGGGGGGAGAGCACAAACAACAUCAUCGACCACAUCUGGGAAAGGAACUGCGAAAUGAACUUCGAGAAGAGUUGCGAAAAGAAUUGCGAUAAAACCUGUGAUGAGGGCAUAGACUUGACCAACCGCAGCGAUGAUCUCCCCGACGACAGUGGACGCACCGCGGGCAGAAGCCACGGCGGCAAUACCUCCAAUGUUGAUGACGUGGUACGGGUUAAUUCUGCAAAUGGUGCAAGUGACAACGGCGAAGUUGAACGGGGAGAAGCCACGAAUGGCAGCACGCACGAAAGAAACCUCCAGGAUGAUGCAUCGAAGAAAACGUACGCACUUGAUGGAGUCAGAGGUAGAGGACUGCAGGACUUGGAAGGGAAUAAUACAAGAAACGUUAUUAAGGUUAUGUACAAGGAACGAGUGGACAAGUGUGGACUUGCAGAAAGGACGCAAAAGGGGGAAUUGCCAGAGCUGAAAAAGGAGAAAUGUUCUGUUAAUCACAAUUUUGAUGAGGGGAGGAAGCAUAAUGGGGUCGUAAAAUGCGUAAAUUUCAACCAUGCAUUUGAGAAACCUCCAAGUUUUAACGAGCGAAUGGAGGAGCUGAAGUUUCUAAAAGAGAUAUAUGAGAAGGAAAAGGUGGACAAAGGAAAGGGAAGCGACGAAGAGGCGAACCACAAUUUCAAAGUUAGCACAAUUUCCGGAACUCAAAAUUUGUCAGUGAGGAGGAAUGCUGCUAAUCUAAAUUGUCCCUACGACAAGCACAAUACUUUUAACAGAGAAGACAAGGUGAAGACUUUUACCAAUGCAAUAUCUCAUUUGAUAAAAAACAGCAUGGAGGAAAGACAAAAGGGGGAUGAUAAUUCGUUCGGAACAUUAGCCCCAACAGCUCGUACAUGGUAUGAACCCAUUUCUGCAAUUCCGGGUAGCUUCUUAGAAGAACCAAAGGUAAAUAAAAUAAACAUAAAGUACAGUCAUCAUCAGGAUGGGCAAAAGGCAGAAGGUGCUAUAAAAGAUCGCUCAAACAAGGAGAGGAACUGUGGCGAAGGAGUCAUCACCUCUAAAUGUGCAAGAGACAAAGGGAAGGACACCAAAUAUAUGUCUGCUACACAGCGCGACGAUCCUAACUCGGAAUAUUCUUUUAAUGGAAAGAUUAAUCUUUCACAUGGAGGUGCAAAUGGUGAAGCGUUGAAUAAUACGCCGCAGAACUGCCUCAAAAAAUUCACUUUUGCAGAAGCCAAUCCACUUUUUGAAGACUCCAAAGUGACAUAUAUGGAAUCACCUCAAGGGAGUCCAAACGGCACCUUUGUAAAAAAUAAACUGAUAUUAAAUAAAAAUAGAUGCGAGAUAUUUAAUCCCGGUUCGAUUCAUUAUGGUGCUCGAAAAGAAACGCAUAGCGUGUGGUCAGGCAGGAAUUUAUCGAGGGGGAAAAAGAAGACUAACAAGGAUUUACACCUGAAGGAGUCCAUUAAAGGGAGAAUAAUAUGUGAGAAUGAUGGGAGAAGGGUUCGCAGAAGAAACACUGCUGAGAAGAGGGACAAAUAUUCGAUCCAUGUGUCCGAUUAUUCUUCAAAUCGAAAUGAUGAUUAUGUCAGCUACAUGAUGAGUAAAGAAGGUACGCAGAAUCGUUUGGCUAGUGACCUCCCCGUUUUACCCCCCUGUGACGACGCUAAAUACAACGAUUAUAAUUAUACUAGCACAUGUGGUAAUGACACGAAGGUGUUAAGGCAUAUGGGGAAGCAAUUCGAGCGGCUGGAAGAGGCACGACUAGGGAAACCUCCACACAUAGAAAAGUUAAAUAACGAUGUGUCUUUCAGAUGUUCUGUACAAAGUAGCUUGAAUAGGAAAAGCACCGAACGAGAGAAUGUAUUAGGGGGCAAAGUACUUAGUAGUGAUGCUAAUGACCAAAAUUGCAGUAACACCCUUUUUUGCUGCCCUGUGAAGGAAGUCACCAGCGCUCCUCCCAUGUUGUCUAGAACCACCACUCUGAUAAAUAAAUUAUUUAGAAAAGGAAAGAAGAGUGCAGAAAAUGUAGACAAAAGGGAAAAAGAUUUUAAAUGCGUUGACAAGGUACCGAAAAGUAGUUUGGAGGAAACAAAAAGGGAUCCGUUAUUGGGUAAAUGCUCCGUUACUUUUAAGGAAGACAAAUCUGACUUAUUUGAGCUUCCCACUGGGCAAAAAGCAGGAAGAACAUUCUCGUAUGUGUCAAAUGGAACGAAUGCGUCGAGAAGGCUCUGCACUAAUUGUCCGACUAUUCCGUGUGAACCGUUGAAGAGGGGAAGAAGAGCUGCUACACAAUUGUAUAAGGAACAGAUAAACUUACCUGCAUACGCGCAUAGGACAAUACACGAUGAUGGGAACACCACUACCAUGAAUAACGCACCUCCUACCGCUAUGCCUUACCCUAAGUGUGAGCUUAUAUGCAAAAUUCCGAGGAGGGCCUUCACUUCUUAUUUUCAAGGCAGAAAUUGUUAA